UUUAGUAAAUAUCGUCUAAUUAAGCCAUUAAACUAAGAGUUUGAUAGUUUAAAGAAAAUGAAAACUCAGUUCAUUUGCCUAACAUACAAAAUUAUCUGACAUCACCCUGUAAUGAAUUGCUAACCUCGAUCGCCGAGAAAAGUUGUUGCGUUUUGAUCGUGUUGAAUGAAGUUCGAUAUGGCAGUUGCUCUCCCAGAGUUUUCCGAUUGGCUUGGAAAUAAAUUAAAAGAUUUAAAUACAGACGAAAAUGUCUUUGGAGAUUAUAUCACGGGAAUUUUGGAUGGAGAUGAGACAACAGAUGAGAAGAACGAAGCACUACAAGACUUGCUCGGUGAAAUAGUCGAAGACCAAAGUAUUAAUGACCUAUGCACCGAAAUAAUGAGUAUGUACAUACAAUUUCAAGAUAAAAAAGCAGACAUGAUGGCAGCUAAGAGUAAACCAAUUGAAGUUGACAUCAAACUAAAAGAGCUAGCUGAUCAGCAUUGCUUGCCAACUAAACCAAAAAAAUACACUGAGGAGGAGAAGAAGAUCAAAGAGGCUAUUCUAGCACAAUAUAGUCAAAUGUCAGAUGAUGAAGAUGCUGAGGGUGAGGGUGAAUCCUCAUCAUCUGCUAUGCAAAAAAAUACAAAUGCCUAUAAUGUUGCACAAGCUGAGAAAGAGAAGCGGGAAAUAUCGCGUCUGGAAUCACAAAAGAAAAAAGAAAAGGAUAAAGAAGACAGGGAGAAGCAAAAGCAAAUGCGGGAAGAAAAGAAAGAGAAACGUAAAACUCAAAAAGGGGAAAGAAGGAGAUAGCAUGUUGAGUAAGUUGGUAUUUAUAUUCAUCAAAUCAAUUUUCUCUGUUUGUAAAUGAAAUUGUUUUCUGAAGCCACAAAUUUGAAAAUUUACAUAUGUUAUGACACAAUAUACUAUACAUUUGUGAUAAA